AUGAGAAUCUCUUCUACCUCCAACGGCACGGGCUCGCCGCCAACCCUCGCCGAUGAGCAGCUUCCUGAGGCUGGUGAGACGGCGGCCCUGCUCGGCCAUCACACUCCGCCACUGCAACAGAGCAGCCGGCGGUCGCCGUUUACGCGCCCCGUGUCCGUCGUGACGAUUCUCGUCUACAUCGUCUACUUUGUCGCGCUCGAGUUAUCCCAGUCACUGCCCGGGAAUGCGUUCCAUCAGGUAGUCGAGGAGAAUCUCUGCCGUGACAUGCACGGUCGCACCGAUGCAGAAUUUUGCGGCGCCGACAAUGACGUGCAGUCGGCGCUGGCCGUCCUAUUUGCAUGGCACGGCACCGCGCAGCUUGUGCCGGGGCUGCUUACCGCGAUACCAUACGCUUUACUCGCGGAUCGCUACGGCCAAAAGCCGUUCAUCAUCUUAAACACUUUCGGAAUAGCUCUUGCCGCGGCAGGCGAUCGAUUGAUUUGCUACUGGCCGCAGACCUUUUCCGUUCAUUCUCUCUGGGCUGCUCCUCUUCUCUCCUUUGUUGGGGGAGGCCUGCAGGUUUCUAAUGCUCUGCUGUUUGCCAACAUCACAGGCCUUACUACCGACGCUUCGCGUCCCUCGGUCAUCUCCAUCCUGGUAACGCUUGCCUAUGGUCCCCGCCUAAUCGCCACGAUGGCAAGCUCCAAAAUGAUCCAGCUUUAUGGCCCUUGGCUGCUGCUAUGGCUCAGCCUUGGUUCUGCUGUUCUUGGUUUUGUCUUGGCCUUUUUCUUGCUCGAGUCAACGCAGAGGCCAAUGUCUUCCUCUGAUACCAUCGCGGGCGGAAGCACUGCUGGCCCACUAGCUGAAGACGACCCGUACUCCAGCAAGGGCGGACUCAAGGCCCGAAUUCUCAAGAGCUAUCAGGAGACAACAGCUGGAUUUUCAUAUUUGCUCAAACAGUGUGAUUUACGCGUCCUCAGGCUUGCCAUAUGCUUGCUGGUGAUGACACUAGCUUGGCAAUCUAACGGACUCAGCUCACAGAUCAUGCGAAAAAGGUUUGGAUGGACAUGGGCAAACGUCAGUGCUCAUAUUCUGCUACACUUCCCCAUCGCAUACUGA